GCCGCGCGGGGCUCGGAAGCAGCACUCUCUCGGCCGAGGCAAUCUUGGCUCCUUUUCUGCGCGUUUUCUCCACCCCAUUAAGAAAAAAAAAAAGGCUGACUUCAACACCAAGCGCUCCACCACGGUCAACAAAAGGGUUUACGGCGUGAGCGGCGCAAGGGGGAGAGGCUUAAGGGAGCGGCAACCACUGAUUGGCAGCACAGGGGUUCACUCCCUAUCUCCUGCUCGAGCGAAAUCGGGCCAGCCAAUCAGAGCGAGGGCUGACGGGAGCGAGCCAAUCCUGGAGCCGGACUGAGAGCGGGGGCGGGGACCAAUGGCCCAGGUGGACUUGGGGUUGGAGCUGAGCUGAGGGGGGCUUGUUUGCGGUUGUGGCUGCAGCUGCAGUGCUGGGGGUGCGAUCGCCAGGUGAAGCACCCUUCUCUGAGAGGAGUCAUGAGCCGCUUCCUGAAUGUAUUACGAAGCUGGCUAGUGAUGGUGUCCAUCAUAGCUAUGGGGAACACACUCCAGAGCUUCCGAGACCACACCUUCCUCUAUGAAAAACUCUACACUGGCAAGCCAAACCUUGUGAAUGGCCUCCAAGCUCGGACCUUUGGGAUCUGGACACUGCUUUCAUCAGUGAUUCGCUGUCUGUGUGCUAUUGAUAUCCACAACAAGACGCUCUAUCACAUCACACUGUGGACCUUCCUCCUCGCCCUGGGCCACUUCCUCUCCGAGCUGUUUGUGUUCGGAACUGCCGCUCCCACGAUUGGUGUUCUGGCACCCCUGAUGGUGGCAAGUUUCUCUAUCGUAGGCAUGCUAGUGGGGCUGCGGUACCUGGAAGCAGAACCAGGAUCCAGGCAGAAGAAGAGGAACUGAGUCCAGCCUUGCCACCUGCAGGGCUUCACCAUCGUCCUCCUCUGCGCCCUUGAUCUUCAUCCUCUGUCCUUCCAUUGGUUCUUCUUGGCUCCAUCCCCAGCCCCUUUCUCCACUUUUAGUCUCUUAAGCCUUUGGGGUUUGUUUGGUUGUUUUUUUUUUUUUCACAUUUAAAAAUGUUUAAGAUACUCAUACAGAAGCUCUAUUAACACGUAUGUAUAAUUGAAAGUAUUCUUUAACUCCAUCCAAGUGAGGGAUCCCUCACAAGCCCACCACAUGUCCUCCUGCCUGUAGCCCACUCAAGGCUCCCAUUUCAGGCCUGCUUAUUUUGUUUUUCUUUUUAUUUCCUUUUCUCGGUUUGACUUGUAUGCUGGAAACAUGAUAACUGUGAAACUCCAAGCUGCUGCCCACCCAGAGCAGCUGUGACCAAGGGCUGCUUCAAGGGGCUGUCCAUGCACAGCAGGCUCCCCUGCUGCUGGACCCAAGACUCUCAACCACCCCAGGGGCAGGCACAUCUUCCAAGAAGGGCUCCUGUGUGGGGGCAGGACCAUGGCUCCUCCUCAUCUACAGGGGGAUGAGGGUUGGAAGAGUCUGGGCUGUUUUUAGACCUUCUGGUCAGCUGUAUUUGUGUAACGAAUUUUGUAAUAAAUGCAAAACUCUGCUCUAA